AGUUCUUAAAAAAUAAAAAAUACUGCUGUACUUAAAUUUAAAGUAUUAUCAUAAAUAAUAAUAAUGGCCAUCCCAGGUGGGGCCCACGCUGGCCAGCCCAGGCCAGGCCAGUAGGUAAGUGACACCUCUCACGCCAGAGACUCAUGUUCUAUCCCAGACCCUGACAGAAAGUGUAUUGUGUGCAUAUGUGUGGGGUGUGUGUAUAUUCUAGUUACAUCCCUCAAAUUGGUCUAUACUUGCAUUCAAAAAGCUAGACAGCUCUCUAUGGCUUAGCAGGAAACGUUUCAUCAAGCGACAGGCUUCUGACAUGAAUGCAGGCAGAGUGAGUUUAUAAUUAAUCUCUCCCCUCAUUGGUCAGCUGUCUUCGAAGUCUUUUUAUGGUCUGCUCAUGCCAACAGGGGAUCUCCGCUCACUGGAGUAGAGCUCAAAAGAGCAGAUCACACCGAGGGACCAGGUCAGUGACUGAAAAUAUAACACUGGACAUAAUAAAUCGUAAUGUCAAUAUCACAGAUAACCCCGACCCUCUUCCUAAGUGGCGCCGAUGCGUCAAUGAAUCAAGCCCUUAUGACCCGAAAAGGCAUUACACUCAUCGUGAACGUGACCCUGUCCCACACCUGCCCUGUCUACCCAGGCGUGGAGUGUAUACGUGUGGCAGUGUCCGACCUUCCAAAUGCUCGUCUGGGGGACCACUUUGACCACGUCUCCGCUCGAAUUCACAACAACAGACCUGGAGGAACCCUAGUGCACUGUGCUGCAGGAAUGAGCCGCUCUCCUGCUGUUAUAAUGGCAUAUCUCAUGAAGUACAAAGGAGUGACUCUGAGACAGGCGCACAAGUGGGUUAAAGACAGCAGACCAUACAUUCGCCUUAAUGUAGGAUUCUGGACCCAGCUUCUGGAUUACGAGAGGAAACUCUACGGUAGGAAUACUGUGAGAGUGGCUGAACCCGUGGAUGCACAGCCAACGCCACAAACACCAAAACUACCCUCCAGGUAUAAAAUGAGACAGUGUCCUCCGUCUCCAAGAGCGAGCCAACUCAGAAGAUUCACCUCCUUUUCAUCCUAACCAAUGUUUGCAAACUGAGGUCAUGAAAUAUGUUGCAUGUACAUGGAUAACUUCUUUCUACGCCAUCACUUUGGAUUGGAAUCAGUAAGACUUAUGAAGUGAAACGAACCAAAUAGGCACGUUUUGUUUUACCCCUAGCUUUUAUCUUGUGUGUGUGUGUGUGUGUGUAUGUUUAUUAAUGUAAUUCUCUUCGUUGGGUGGAUAAAACGAUGAUAAUUCAUUUCAUAUUCUGAUAACAAUAUCCACUCACUGGCCACUUUAUUAGGUACACCUUAUUAGUACCGGUUUGAACCCCCUUUUGCCUUCAGAACUGCCUUAAUCCUUUGUGGCAUAGAUUCAACAGGGUGCUGGAAAUAUUCCUCAGAGAUUUUGGUCCAUAUUGUCAUGAUAAUAUCACGCAGUUGCUGCAGAUUUGUCGGCUGCACAUCCAUGAUGUUAAUCUCCAGUUCGACCACAUCCCAAAGAUGCUCUGUUUGAUUGAGACCUGGUCACUGUGGAGGCCAUUUGAGUACAGUGAAGUUAUUGUCAUGUUCAAAAAACCAGUCUGAGAUGAUUUGCGCUAGGAAGUAGCCGUCAGGAGAUGGGUACACUAUAGUCAUAAAGGGAUGGACAUGGUCAGCAACUAUUCUUAGGUAGGCUGUGGCGUUGCAACAAUACUCAAUUGGUACUAAUGGGCCCAAACAGUGCCAAGACUAUUACACCACCAGCCUGAAACAUUAAUACAUGGCAGGAUGGAUCCAUGCUUUCAUGUUGUUGAGUUCAAAUUCUGACCCUACCAUCCAAAUGUUGCAGCAGAAAUCGAGACUCAUCAGACCAGGCAAAGUUUUUCCAAUCUUCUAUUGUCCAAUUUUGGUGAGCCUGUGCGAAUUGUAGCCUCAGUUUCCAGGAGUGGUACCCGGUGUGGUCUUCUGCUGCUGUAGCUCAUCCACCUCAAGGCUCAUCAUGUUGUGCGUUCAGAGAAGCUCAUCAAGUGGUUAUUUGAGUUACUCGAACCAGUCUGGCCAUUCUCUUCUGACAUCAACAAGGCAUUUGCGCCCACAGAACUGCCGCUCACUGGAUAUUUUCUGUUUUUCGGACCAUUCCCUGUAAACCCUAUAGAAGGUUGUGCGUGAAAAUCCCAGUAGGUCAGCAGUUUCUGAAAUACUCAGACCAGCCCGUCUGGCACCAACAACCAUGCCACGUUCAAAGUCACUUAAAUCACCUUUCUUACCCAUUCUGAUGCUCGGUGUUUAUCAGUGUACCUAAUAAAGUGGCCGCAACUUUUCUGUCAAUUCAAUCAAUUAAUAGCUUACAAACAUUGACCACAUGAAAAGGA